AUGUUUCUAUCAACGUCCGUCUCCUCUGCCCUGAGCUCGGCCGAAGACGAUUCCACACGCGACCACAGGAAAGAGAGCAACGGAGAGAAAUCAGACACAGAGCUUGUGCGUAUGUACACCUUCUGCUCACGCACACGCAGUGGCAAUAUGGCCGCCAUCUUUGUGAACCUCAAUGCGGACAAGGACGUGGGAGUGAAUCUGAAGACUAUGUCGGAUACCAUCGACUUUGAUCUGGUGCCCAGAGUGGAGUACAUGCUGACCUCGACCGCUCUAUCAAGCCUGGACAUAUAUCUUAACGACAAGCUAUUAAGUCUGACCGACACUGGAGCACUGCCAGAUCUCAAGGGCCGAAGAGUGGUCCCAGGGUAUUUUGAUGAACAAGCGACCGUCCUACUGCAGCCUGCGUCGUACGCCAUCAUUGAUUUCGAAGCGGAACUUGAUUUAUGCAAGGCAUAG